GAAACGGCUGUUUAAAAAACUCUAGGAGUUUCUCAGCAAGGGGGAGGGCAGCAGGACGCAAACUGUGGGUGGACCCUGAUAAAAGAGUCAAAGCUGGCGACCUUAGUGUUUAAAAACAUUGCAAGCAACUGUGCACAGACUGGACUUUAAAGGGGCUUAAUGGUCCCUCUAUAAUUCCCCAGAUAAUACAGGCUUACGCUGAUAACGACAGGACCAGGACCGUCUGUCUGGUGAUCGGAGGUAAAGAGGAUUUGCUCCACAGCAGGGGCCUCUGACCAGACCCCAUCACUGCCAUUUCUGCUGCAUAUUCCGGCCUUAUUGCAGCCAUGUCUGCUCUGCUGCUGGACGCUGACUCCAACCGUGCCACAUCUCUGGACCUGGCCGAAGAUGAAGCUGUGCGCUCACCCGAGCUACCCUCUCAGGCCAGAAGGAGGCCACCUGGGCACCUGAAGUUGACCCGCAGCCUCUCCAAGUCAGACUCGGACCUGCUGGUGUCGCCCUAUUGUGAGGAGGACGGGGCACUGGGUGGACGGAGUGAGUCGCUGGCCAGCUGCAAGGCAGAGAGGAAGCCAAUGGAGCGGCUGCCCUCAUUCACAUCUGAGUGGGAUGAGAUUGAGAAGAUCAUGACAUUAAUUGAUGCAGGCAUCGAACUCUCCAAGGAACAUCAGCCAGCAUCCACAGAUGCAGCAGGGAGCCGGGUGCUGGAGCAGUCGGUGGGAGAGUGGCUGGAGCACGUGGGCUUCCCUCAGUACGAGAGCAAGCUGCUGCUCAACGGAUUCGACGACCUGCGCUUCAUGGGUAGCAAUGUCAUGGAAGAUGAAGACCUUAGGGAAAUUGGCAUCACAGACCCGGGCCAUCGGAAGAAAAUUCUUCACGCAGCAAAGAGCCUACCGAAGGUGAAAGCUCUAGGUUGUGAUGGCAGUACCUCACUAGCCUCCUGGCUGGAGAACUUAGGUCUUGGGGAGUAUCUCCACAACUUCCUGUCCAGUGGCUACCGCACCCUGGAGUGUGUGAAGAACCUAUGGGAGCUGGAGAUUGUCAAUGUGUUAAAAAUUGGCCCGCUUGGCCACAGGAAGAGAAUCAUUGCUUCCAUAGCGGAGCGACCAUAUGAGGAGGCACCUUCAAAGUCCAACCGCUUUGCCCAGCUCAAGAUUCAGGACCUCUUGUCCCAGAACCCCCCUCUUGGUUACAUGGACCCAUAUACGAGUCGUUCCAUGGACAUGCUGCUGCCCCUGGGUGAAUAUGGGAGGAGAAGCAGAGCGCUGGAUCAGGAGUGCAGUGUCUCGCUCCGCUCCUACAGUGAGAGGCCGCGCUCACAUGAUCGUCAUACAGAUCGGCACAGGGAGUCCCGGCUAAACCUGCGGCCCACGAGCCAGUCUGCCUCCUAUGCCACUGUCUCUACGUGGCACCACCAUCCUGAGAAACUCAUCACAGAGGCUUGUUGCUAUGAAGCUAGUUAUCUGGGUUCUGUGAUUAUCAGAGACCUGCGAGGUAUUGAGUCUACUCAGGAGGCCUGUGCGAGAAUACGGAAAUCAAAAGACCAUCGGAAAGGCCCCGUCGUAAUCCUGUCCAUCACUUACAGGGGAGUCAAGUUUAUCGAUGCAGCCACUAAGGCCAUUGUGGCAGAGCACGAGAUCCAGAACAUCUCCUGUGCUGCCCAGGACCCUGAUGAUCUCCGCACCUUCGCCUACAUCACAAAAGAUCUGAAGUCUGGGCACCACUUCUGUCAUGUCUUCACCACAGUGGAAGUGACGCAGACCUAUGAGAUCAUUCUGACUCUAGGACAGGCGUUUGAGGUGGCCUAUCAGAUGGCUCUUCAGGCACAGAAGGCCCGGCGUCACAGUUCCUACGCUGGUCCAGUCUCUGAGGUCAUAGAGACCAAGACCAGCAGACCGACUUCUCAGUAUCGGAACAGCAUGCGUCGGUCGAUGAUGGACCCCGCAGAGCAGGAGACGGACGUGCAGUCCUUGGGCAGCACCAGCUGGCUCUUCGACCCCCGUGACUCCUCGAGGCCGCCCAGCAGCGCCAAGUACGAGACCACCAUAUUCUGAAGCGGGGGUACAGCCCUAAAACCCCAGCCCCACAUCCGCCACACCCCCUUCCAACUUGACCCCUUCCCCUUGCCCCCUGAGAAAACUUUAUUGCCCUGUGCCUUCUCACUGUGAUUUGUAGCCUCCCUCAGGGCAAGAUCUAUUCCCUGCACUCCCCCCAAACCUCCCAGCCCUCGCCUGUGUAGCCCUCUACUUCCACUUCCUCUUCUCCAUGUUGAACUGGGUGCUGGAUUUCCUGGACCCUGCCCUCCAGGUGCCCUCCUUGAAUUCUCCCGUCUCGAUCUGACGGCCUGCGCAAUUGCCUCUGAAUGGUUUAGCCUGAUUUCUAUCACAGUGCUGAAUGUUUACGGUCCAACCUCUCAUAUCAGUGGGUUUUGCCGCUGUGAAGCCUCUGAGCACAAACUGAAUUAUAGCUGUUUAUCAAGUCUUCUCAUAUAGUUCAGAGACCUGUAGCAUUUAUAUCUUUACUCUUUUUUUUUUGGCUGACAUGAACCAAACUAUGUUAGCGACGCAAGCAUUUUUCAGAUCAGCACAGCAAUACUGUCAUGACCAGUGUUGAACAUUGUUGCCAGUUCAUUACCAUUUCUAGAUGCGAUGUACAACAAAUUCCCUUUCGCACUAUAUAUUCUUUCUAGCUUGACCCACAUUUCCGUAGCCUUUAUUUUUCUUCACCAGUGUGCUUUUCUGUAUUCCCAAUUCACACCCAGUGCUUCCUCUGUCUUACCAGGCAUCUGCAGCUGUGAGGGCCUCUGAAGAGCACCUAUUCCAGUUUUGCACAGAAGUGUAGUCUGGGAUUUGAAACGCAAUAAUGAGUAAAGAGGGAAUCAGGGCACAGGCUUAGUAGAGUUCCGCCCCAAAACGGCACUAAACGUCCAAAACCAGAUACUCCACUGUUACGUUCCUGUAAAUCUUUAACAUGCAAAAUCAUGACAAUGUUGUUGGCUGCAUUGAUCAUCCCUUGUUUUUUCCCCUCCUUACUUUAGCCUAUAUGUAGCAUCACCAGGGCUAUGACUAAGUGUGGUAAAUUGCAGCAUGAAUUUUGAAUUAACUACGGUUAAUUUCUUGAAGAGUUCCAAGUGAAAAUCGUGAGCAGUUUUGUAUUUGUAUUCUUACAUUGUAACAUCACUUAGUAAAUACAGUAUUUGUGUAUAUCUGUUCAAGCUCGUUUUGAUUGCUGGUUUGUUUUUGUAAGUAUGACCUGCUUACCUCAGUCGGAGAUGUUGACAACACAGGCGUUCGUAGGAGACAAAGUGUCUCACAAUUCAAAUAACAGUAAACGCUUAGGCCUGCUUUGAGGUUAAAAGGAUCCAACCAUGGACUCAAUUAUGCACCAUAUGAGGGAAUUGGAACAGUAGCAGGAUGGGGGAUCAAGAGGAAGAUAGUCAAAACACAAUGGAGUGGUUCUUAUCAGCUCUUAUUCUGCCUACUGCUUGCCUUUAUGCGAAUGAAAUACAAAUCAACUCCGAUUCAUUGGAGGAAUGAAGGAUGGGCUACUUUUUCCCUUCAGUCUUCAGUUUUAUUCAGUCUGCAUUUUAUUUUUGAAGCUUCCUUGAUAAGAGAUGCUCCAAUGGUUGUUUCUUACAGACAGAUUGCCCUCUAAACAAGCAGCGUUUGAAAUAUUUCAGGUUUCUAGUCAUCUUUUGUUGUAUGUUUCUCACUGUGAAUGUUCUGUGUAUGGUGGGCUGUCAGUCAUGCUCAAGUUGCACUGCUUGUCUCUGCUGACUCCUGUUCCUAAGGUCGACUGUUAAAACCGUGCUGGUUCCUCUGUGACCAUGUUGCACAUCCUCAGCCUCCUGACCAUUACAUCCACACGCUGUCACUUGCCAUUAGCCUCUCGUUUGUUUGCCAUUGUUGGUUUGCUCUCGUUUCAAAAUCUGCCGCUCAUUGACCACCGCUGUCCCAUAUCAAAUCAGACCAUCACAUCGUACUAAAUGUUAGCUUUGUAUGUUUUGCUUGAGACUGUUCAUUUUAGCAAUAUUUUUAAAUCUUCUUCGAUUUUGUACCAUACUGCUAGAAUUAGUUUAAGCAAAAGACAUAAGAUCCAGUUGGCUAAAGAGAAAACUUUCUGAACUCAAAUAUAUUUCUUCCCGUGUAGCUGACUCCGCCUUUCAAGUUUCCGGACACCAAGGUGUGAAUAGAAGGGGAAUCAGGUGAAACGUUACGUGUGAGUGACAGAUCGAGAUGUCAAUCAUUCAGUGGCCCUAAAUUGCGGCAUGAAGAGAACAAUCCCGUACUGUGAUUACUCCUAUUAUGAGCUUAGACAAGGUCACAACUUGGAGGAUUUGCUUGAGAGAAGGGCCUGUGCGCAUCACGACUAAUGUUACACAGCCACAGCAUGCUAGUCUUUUAUAUGUUUGAAUAAACUCACUAUUUACUUGACUAUUUAACAGCAAGAACAAGAGAGACCAUCUCCGAGAGGUCGGCAACUUGGAAUUUUGUGGAAAACUGUGAAAAACUGGAGUAGCAUCCUAGUACUGAGCACUGUGUGAACAACUAACAUUUUUAAAGUCCCAUCCCCGACGCCCUCCCCCAGCCUGGGGUUUAUUUAGACAUGUGGAACUCCUGGACAUGAAGACUGACUGCAGCAAGACAAUGUACAUUUAGGCUAAUGGCACUGAACGUAGAUUCGCCUCACUUUUACAACAAGGGAGUUAACAUUCUGUUCACUAUAGGGCAGCUUUUAGUAUUGCUUGGAUGGCUUAUGUGACCUUAGAGGCAGAGCCAGUCAAAGUGCUAUGAGUAUGCCUGGAAAAAGAACACCUAUAUCAGAAAUGAUAAGCAAAAAUAAACCUGAUUUACCUUUGUAAAUCAGAACACUGCAUCUAAAAAAUGACUAUCGGAAAUAAAUUGACUUUGAUUAAAUACUCACACUGUGAAAAGGGAGGAAGGCAGCACAUUUAUAACUUUCACAUUAGCAAGUUGUGUUAUUUAUGCUUAAGUGGAGCAUUUCACUAAUUUCUAAGCCAAAAAAAGCCCCCGUCUUCAUAAUCACUUGCACUGUUCUAUACCAGUUGCACUUACAUGUUAACACUUUUCUCUCCUAAAGCCUGAGACAUCUUAUUUUGUUUGCACUGAGUAUUUGGGUAUGAUGUUAAGA